CCAGCUCCAUCCUCUUUGUGCACAGCCAGGAUGGAACAAAGAUGGGAUGGACAGAGGAAGGUCCCAAGGAUGAUAACACCUUUCAAGGUCCUACCUCGAGUGCUGGGUCUCUGGAUCACUACCAACCCCUUGACACCCUCAAGGGGACAAAGGGUGAUGCUGGCCGUGGGUGCAUGUCUUCAGCUGUACAGCCAAAGUGCCAUGGAGCCACAGCAGGGCAGAGACCUCAGACUCUACACAUUACCUCCUGAGCUUGUGUGGUGGGAGGACAAGGGGAGACCCCUGUUAACUGGAGGCAGCAACACAGUGCAGUUGGAGGCAGGGACGGGGAUCCUGGGGGCUGCUGGAACCACCUCCAGAGAUGAUGAUGACCACAUAUUCAAACGGAGCCACUGGAGCAGGAUUCGAGCUGGGUGCUCAGCUGCUCCUCCGGCUGGAAGUUGAGCUGAAACUGACUUGAAGAAGAAGAAGAGGAGGAAAAAAAGAAAAGCACAGACUUUUGGAGAGAGGGGACGGGCAGCCUGUCAUGGUGCACGGGGACAUGUGAACGCAUGGGGUGUGUGGGGGGUGUGCGUGUGCACGUGUCUGCAUGCCUGCAGAGCCGGGUUGUUACAGUGCAGAGGACGGGCAGACGGACAAACAGACACACAGGAUCGCAGACAGACUGACGGACAGGCAGCAGGAGGGAUCCGAGCCCGGCUCAUAGCGAGAGCUGAUGCCGCGAUCGCAGCAGUGAUGGGCUCCAGCUCGGGCAGCGCUCCGCAGCCGGCGGUGGGGAGGACCCAGGGGUCGCACAUCUGGGAGCCCGGGGACCCCGAGCAGCCGCUGGUUCCGUCUGCGCCCUCCCUGCAGAAUUCCGUCCAACUCCGGCCCCCGCGCCCGCUAGUGUCGGCAGAGCAGCGCUGAUCGAUGCCUCCUUCACUACGCAAAUGGCAAAUCACCGCGUUGUGAAGGCUGCUGGUGGGGAUGGAGACGGCCGUGCUGCCCUCCCCCGGGACUCACUCGAGUCAAUGGAGUUUAUGACUUUAACGUAUUUCCUCUCCCCUCCUGAAGAGCAUCUCCUCCGCGGUGCCGCUUUGCCGGUCUGGGCACUGGGUUUGGGGACGAGAGGAAGACCCCUGGGAGCCCCCCGCUGACGGAGGAGAGCAGCAGCUGGCGGAGAGGGGCAGCGGGCUGCCGAGAUCUGAGCUCCAAGUGGAAAGCGGGAUUCCUUUCUCCUGCCUCUUAAGGCAGCGACGUCUCCAUCCCCUCCUUCGCUCCCUCCCCGUCCGACCCUGUCUGACAUAGGGGUGCUGGGACCUCAUCCUGCCUUCGGAGCUUCCCGGCGAGACCCAUGAAUCCCUACAUCAUCUGCUCUGGCCCUGAGCUCCCCCUGCCCCAGCGAGACUUCCCCAUGGAGCCCCCCAGCCCCGACCUCUGCAACAGGACUCAGCCUGGUGCUUUAUUCGACCCCAAAGAUGCCAACCUGACGGAGGAGCAGCUGCGGCAUAAAUACUUAGGGCCUCGGAGGUCCAACUUCUUCAUCCCUGUCUGUGUGAUCUACCUGCUGAUCUUUGCUGUGGGGGCAGUGGGCAACACACUCACCUGCAUCAUCAUCCUGCGGCACCGCUUCAUGAGGACGCCCACAAAUUACUACCUGUUCAGUCUGGCUGUGUCCGACCUGCUGGUGCUGCUGCUGGGGAUGCCACUGGAGCUGUACGACAUGUGGAGCAAUUACCCCUUCCUGCUGGGGGCUGAGGGCUGUUACUUCAAAACGCUGCUCUUUGAGGCUGUCUGCUUCGCUUCCAUCCUCAACGUCACCGCCCUGAGCGUGGAGCGCUACAUUGCUGUGGUGCACCCACUCAAAGCUAAGUAUGUGGUGACCAGGAACCACGCCAAGAGGGUCAUCAUCACCAUCUGGGUGGUGUCAGUCAUCUGUUCCAUCCCCAACACCAGCAUCCAUGGGCUCCAACCUCUUUAUGUGCCUGGCCGGGGCCGUGUGCCUGAUUCGGAGAUCUGCACUCUGGUGAAGCCACGCUUGAUUUACAAUCUCAUCAUCCAGAUCACCACCAUCGUCUUCUUCUUCCUGCCCAUGGGCACCAUCAGCAUCCUCUACCUGCUCAUCGGCCUGCAGCUCAAGAAAGAAAAGAUGCUGGAGGCCCUGGGAGCCAAAUCCAGUAGUGACAGUGACUAUGACAGAGUCCGGAGACAGAAGAAAGUGAAGAGGAGACAGGUCACAAAGAUGCUGUUUGUGCUGGUGGUGGUGUUCGGGAUAUGCUGGGCCCCCUUCCACACCGACCGCCUCGUUUGGAGCUUCAUCUCCGCCUGGACUGGCCCCAUGCUCCACAUGUUCCAGUACGUCCACAUCAUUUCAGGCGUCUUCUUCUACCUGAGCUCAGCUGCCAACCCCAUCCUCUACAACCUGAUGUCCACCCGCUUCCGCGAGAUGUUCAAGGAGGUGAUGUGUCACCCCGGCCAGCGCCCACCAGGCUCAUGCAGGCACUCACCCAGCGUCACCCACGCCACCACCCGCAGCACUGAGUGUGAGCCCAUACCCAGUGCCAAUGGGCUGCCCCUCUCUGAUGCUGAGGAGUACGAGAUGGAGGAUAUGGAGGAGAUGGAAGAGAUGGAGGAGAUGGAGGGAGGCCAGGCUGUCACACAUGCCACAUCCCACUGCUGAACAGCACGAGGACAUGGAGGAACCAAAACAGCUUCCCCACCAUCAGCAUCACCAUCACCACGGCAUUCACCUGCAGGUUUGAGGGGUGCAAUGGGGCUGUGCAUCACUGUGCUGUUCCACCAGGAACAGGGCUGGUUCUCGGCUGCUGCAGGGACACGGGGACCAUCCCUUGCUUCACUAUGCCCAGGUUGCAAUGCAUCCUCUCUGCUCAGCACUGGGGCCAGACAAAGCGAGGACACUGUGGUGUCACACGAUCCCUUCAUCCCCACCCUGCAUGAGCUGUUCCUCACCCAAGAAUCACAAAUCAGAGCCAUUCUCUCUCAA